AUGUUGUUUGGCCGAGCUAACGUGAUGGCGGCCAGUCUGCUUAUUGGCCUCCUCUUCUCGAGUCUCGAUGCGUCCAUUGUCUCGACGUCCCUGGUAACCAUUUCCGUCGACCUUCAGGACUUCCUCAACGCGCCAUGGGUCGUCCUCUCGUACCUGUUGGCCUAUCUGGGCCUCGCCAUUGGUUUCGCCAAGACGAGCGACAUCUACGGCCGCAGGGAGAUGAUCUGUGCGUCCUGGGUGCUUUUCGCCGGCUUCUCCGUUGGCUGCGGCUUUGCAAGAACCAUGCCUCAACUCAUCAUAUUCCGUGCGCUUCAAGGCAUGGGAGGCUCCGGACUCUACAGCCUCGGCCAGAUUGUGCUCUUUGAGGUCGGCCCUGCGCACAACCCGAGUCUUAUGGGAGCUCUAAUUGGCCUCACGCUUGCCGUGUCUUAUGUCUUGGGGCCGGUCCUAGGAGGCAUAAUAUCGUCCUUGUCGACUUGGAGAUGGAUUUUCUGGAUCAAUGUUCCGUUUGGUAUUCUGGUCAUUGCCGGCUUAUACCUGACCUGGCCCGGUACGCUUGGACGCCGGUUUGGCGGGUGGGAGGCGGUGCGAAGGAUCGAUCUGCUCGGCAACAUCCUGAUCGUUGCGGCUUGCGCACUCCUAGUCUUCUCUCUCCAGGAGGCCGGGUCCUUCACGUAUGCAUGGGACAGCCCAGUCAUUGUCCUGUCGCUGUGCAUCUCUGCUCUAAGCUGGGUGGGUUUUGUUAUCUGGGAGGUCUUCCUCAGCAUGAAGCGCUCCACGCUCAUCGAGCCUAUCCUCCCCGUCCGUCUGGUGAUGCGGCGAGUGUAUUCUGCCUCUGUGAUAUGUACGUUCUGUACUGGCUUCGUCUACCUGUCAAUCCUCAUCAUACUUCCUGAACGCUUCCAAAUCGUCAAUGGGGACAAUGCGCUCUACUCGGGCAUACACUUGCUCCCAAUGCUCGGCGCAACAUCGUUCGGCGCCUUCUUUGCCGGUGCCGUAUCUCGCAAACGGAACAAUACCUCCUGGACCUUGAUGGCCGCUCACUGUUUCCAGAUUCUGGGCGUUGGCCUCCUGUCGACGCUGAAGGAUAUCACAACUGAGAUCAAAGCACAAUACGGGUUUCAAGUCCUCCUUGGCCUAGGCAUCGGGCUCUCCCUCGGUGCUGCCACCAUCAUGGCGUCGGUGCAGUCUCGCCACGCCGAUCUGGCCGUGGCCCAAGGCGCCGUCGCGCAGGCCCGUGUGCUUGGUGGAAGUAUUGGUAUCGCAGUCUGCAGCAUCAUCUUCAACACAAAGGUAGCGAACGAGCUCGGCAGCCGAAUGGAUCCCAAAGAUCUGGCGGCGCUCCACCACAGCCCGACGAUCUCGUCGCUUUUACCGGACGACAUACAGGUUCUCGUCAAGUCGGUCUACGCUUCGGCCUUCACAGACGACAUCACGGUCAUGAUUGGCAUCGCCGCCGUCGGUGUGGUUACCAGCUGCUUCGCGUACGAGAGACAGCCGCCACCGAUGCCCGGCACCCCGCAGGCCAAGGAAGUCAUGGGGGCGGAUGGUCAUAGUGAGACGGAAUUGGACGAGCUGACCAGUGUCCGCCGGAGUAGCCGCCUGAGAUGA